GAUCCUCUUCAUGGGCUCGCCAAACCCGAAUUCGCCUAUGCAAGUGUUGCAGAUAAAAAAGGUCUCAUUCCUAUACAGUUACGGCGUAUGUCCUCUCAGGCCGUCUAUUUUGCGCGCUUCCUGCCUCGACUGUGCAUGAUUGGGUUGGCAGUUAGUCAUCCUCACGUGUUUUACACACAUUCACGUCUACGGCGUGAUUUGUCCAUUGCUGACGAACGUUUUUGAAUGAGUUACUACCGUACCUUGUGACACGCUCAAGGUCUUGCAAUAGCUGCCUCAGGUCCUGUACGGAUGAAUAACUGACCACGUGCUAGAUCCUGCUAGAAGAAACCUACACUAAGUGAUUUCCGUACAAGACGCGUACAAGCCAUCUACAGAUAAAUCCCAUACAGUUAACCAGGAAGCGACUUACUGCGCUUCUAUUAUCUACCAAUGGCGCACCGGCUGUUUCAUGGAUUCUAUGUACUCGCACUGUAGGGCUUGUUAUCAGCAGCUAGCUGCGUAAUAAAGAACAAAUCCGGAAAAUGUGGCGGAAGAUAGAGAUAUUAAUGCAUCAGCUAAUAUUCCACUAGCCUUCUCUCCAGUUUUGCCAACUAAACUUUAUCAUAAGGCACCGCCCCUUAAGAGUGAGAUAAGCUGUGCAACGCGGCCUCUUGUGGCCAUUCGAAAUACAUCACGGUACUAUUCAGUUCACACCGAUCACUAAUGGAUAAAGGAAGCGCAAUCCCUCAGCAGAAUACUGAAUACAACAUCUCCCAGCAUUCAAAAUGGACGUAGGACGCAGCAACAUGGCAUUAUCCGAUGAAGCAAUCACGAUGAAGAACGCAGGCCCCGAUGGAAAUCGGUUGCGUAAAGCAGGAUGCGCGGAAAUCCGCGCUAAUGACGCUAUCCAGCCGUGUUCAUUAACUGAGUUGCGUUAACCCGUUUUGUGUUUUGGUGUUUGUCGUUGAAAAAGGAACGUUAAAUGGCCGGGUCGCAACUUCGAGCCCUAUCUACCUGCCAAGGGAUAGUUGUGUAUUUAUAGAGUAGUAAUUGUUAUCGUCAUUGUUUGUGUUUUUCAACACUAAGAUCCGUAUCGAAGAUCAACGAACUGCUUGCACACAACCGCAACGAUGGGAUCGUUUACAGAAGACACCAUGUUACAAAUCGAAUACACUUGGAUUCACAUAGAACGGACAACGAUAGUAUAACAGCCCUAUGGCAAAAAAAACAUACGCAGAGCGGCCAGGACUACAUUAAUGUAGAAAGUUUCACUGCUCCGUUAUUCUCUUCCUUUUCGUGAGUGUCAUCUUUUUAUAACUAUUAUUCAGGCCGUUGUCGGAUUUUUUGCCAACUCGAACGACGAAUUCCACAACAAUAUCGCUGCCGUCUUGUGGUACCGUCUCCAUAUACAAGCUCUUCGUUCGUGCGAUUUUUCGCAGGAGCUAAAAUUGACGCAUUCCAAACGACAUCGCUAGCAGAAUAACCUCCGAGUGACAGCGACCAAGCAGAUCGAUCGGGGUACGAACACUUUGGUUUUAGUCAAAAAGCCAGGAAGCGAAUCACCUGAAUCUUUCUAGUGCAGGCCUCAUUACUGUACCUUUUAGCUUUUUCGUUCGCCUCCUGCAUCUCUUGCGCUUUUUCUAAAUAUGCAAGGACGAAAUGCUGCCACUAUCAGAGCAGUCUAGCUUACACACAUCAGCACACAGCAAGCUCAUCCCCAAAGCAAAAUUCCGCGCGCUUCACAGCAUCAGCAGCAGCCGCAGUAGCAACAACAACAAUAACAACCUCGGCAGCAAUAACAGAAGCAACAGAAACAGCAUCAGAAGCAAGACCAACAGCAUCCCCUACACAGCAAGUGCCACAGACCAGCACUCAUAUCAACAGUGGCAGGUUGAUACCGCCUGUACUAACUUGCUGUACCUGUAGCGUUUCUCUUCGAUUUUUCAUCCUCUUCGGCAGCUUCGAGCUACUCAGUCCGCUUCUCGACUGUUGCUAGUUCUGAUGCUGCUGCCGCCGCAGCUGCCGCUGGUGCUAGAGCUGCCGCAGUCACGACGACAUCGCUUCAGCAAAGUGAGGCGGGUCGCCGCUGCUUUCAGCCGGUUCCCUUUCUCUGAGCAUGCCAGGCGCCAGAUCGCGCUGUGCCGUCGACAGGGGUGGACGUCCGCUGCUGUGAAGCAGACAUUAACUACGAAGAGAAUACGAUUGAAUCACCCACAACGAGGAAUAGGCUGUACAGCCUGGCAGAACAAGCAUUGUUUAUCAACAGUAUCAUGUUAGGUUGCUGGAUCAGUAGGUCAUUAUGAAUAACAACCUGUUGCUCCUGAGCACCUGACUAUCUAAAUGGCCCAAGAUCGACAAGGGUAACUAACGCUUAUACAACAACGCCUUGGAUUUGAUUUGGUGCGAUUAUCGUUCAAUUGGGAUUUUACGUUCAAGUUAGAGAGUGCUUUGGAGGGGUCAUUACUGGAGUGUGCCUUGUGUGUAAAGUACGUUUAGAGAUUAUAUCGAGUGGAUUGUUCGUAAAUUUUGGUUUAUCGUGUUUGUUAUCCAACGCGUUGGUAAAGCCACUGUGCCCUUCCGCCAAAGGAUUUCAAAGAAGGAUUCGCUCCUACUAAGGAGAAUGUGGUGCUAAGGAUACACUCCCUAUUUUGGAAUCGUUCAUCGGCGAAGAGUCGAGACACUUACGGUGGAGCCACGAAACAACCCGACGGAGCGGAGAAUCCGUCGAGACACGUCGAAGAUGUUAAUACUAGCGUUGGGCACCGUGCUUUACGCCACCCUAGCUGUCACUUCACCAGGUACGUGUAUAGCACGAGUUGCACGGAUAUUACAACGGAGGCUGUUUCGCAAUAUUUGUUAUUUUGUAAAUUCAUUGGAGGAACAUGAUCUGCGAGAGGGUGAUAAUGUCGUUCUCGAAUGUCCCCGAAUCAACAAAUACACACCGGAACGGAAUGCGGUUCUAUUCUGGACACGAAAACUAUCAGGUCAAACUACGAGCAAUGCUGCGGUCGGGGACACGUCUCUGGAGACCGGUUACACCGUGACCCUCGAAGAGGAUAUGUACAAGCUGGAAAUUGAUGACACACGGUAUGAACGCGAUGACGGAGUGUUUCGUUGCGAAGCUAGAGAAAAAGGCACAGGGAAAAUUAUGUACGCAAAGGAGCAUCGCGUCACCAUACUGAUGGCGCCCGGUGAGCCGAAAAUUCGUCCAUCACCGCUGCUAACCGAAGAGGGAAAGACGUAUAAUCUGACUUGUUCGUCGGUCGGAGGCAGUCCCGAUCCCGAUAUCAUGUGGGUCAAGGACGGUCAGGAGGUUCCGUCUGAACUUAAACAAGGCGGUCAACGCGAUAAUCCGACAAAAGCUAUCCUCACUGUGAUACCGACCAAAAAUGAUGAUCGAGCACAAUAUACUUGCAUGGUACGCAGCCGAGCUCUGCCUUCGGGAACGCACCUCGACUCCAAAGUAACCCUCAGGGUGUCGUACGCCCCGAAGGUAUCUGUUGGUGAAGAGGUCCUCCGAGUGAUGCAAGGAGAGAACGCUGUACUGAACUGCAAGGCUGAUGCCAAUCCAGAGGUCCGCAACAUAAAGUGGUAUCGUGGUAAGCAACUGGUAAGCAACAGUGGUUCUCACGUUCUUAAGGCAGUGACCCCGGAUGACUCUAAUGAGUACACAUGCAUUGCACAAAACGGUGUCCUGCCCGAUGGCCAAGCUACAGUACGUUUGGAUGUUCUUUAUGGACCCCGAGUGCGAGUUCCAUCGGAGCGUGAAGCUAAUGAAAACGAUCGGGUCAUGGUUAUCUGCGAAGUCGAAUCCAAUCCCGAACCGUCGAGAAUUUACUGGAUACGUGAGGGUGACGACUUCCGUCAAGAAGGGCCAGUUCUGAACAUCGAACCCGCGAUGCCCAGGGAUACCGGCCUUUACUUUUGUGUCGCCGAGGUUGCUAUGGUUCCGUCAACUAUGAGUCGGCAAAACUUCGAGUCAAAGGUGGUAGGAAACGCAACCCUUCAGCUUAACGUCAAGCACGCACCUGGAGACACCCGUAUUCUGCCCGUCCAACCAAUUGCUGUUGUGAACAAAGCAUUUACCCUCGAGUGCACUUCGGAUCCAAAGGGUUAUCCUCAGCCUUCUUAUCGCUGGUGGCGUGAGGGUAGCAAACAUACCGUUCUGUCAGAGCUACCAAAUUAUACCAUCGUGAACGUACACCAAAGUCAUGAAGGCACUUACUAUUGUCAACCGUCAAAUCGUUUGGGAGAAGGUACCAUAGCGAAAAUUGACCUGCAGGUAAACGAGGCUGCCACGAUCACCAAGCCACUACGAUCACAGAAUGUUCACAGGACCGGGGAUACCACCCAGCAAAUGACCUGCCAUGCCAAGGGCAAGCCAAAGCCUUAUGUUCGUUGGACUCAUAACGGACAGAACAUUUCGGCCGCCGAUCAGCGCUUCAGCGUGGCCACUAACGAGAAGGCCGAAAGCAACAAGGCUGUUACCGUAAGUUCAUCCCUAACGUUUGUCGAGCCGUUAACCGCAAACGAGCGUGGCAAAUAUGCCUGCCAUUUCAGCAAUGGUUUUGGUGACGAGGCGACAUCGGAGAUGAUUUUGCGGGUCGAACACUCACCUGAGGUUCGCCACACGUACAAUCGCGUAGCAUUUGAUAUUGGCGACAAUGCUAUUCUUGAAUGUCGGAUGCAGGCCUACCCGGAGCCGACUUUCGAAUGGAUGUACCGCGGCCGUAUUCUCGAUUCGUACAAGCAAUACUCAACCAAUCGGACCGACAAUGGUGAUGAUAUAUAUACUGGCCUACUGAGCAUAGCAAAGAUCAAAGAAGAAGACUACGGUGAUUACACUUGUCGUGCGUACAACCAGGUUGGACAGGACAAGAAAACGAUCAUUAAGCUCGUGAAGAAAAGCCAACCGGACAGGCCGACCGAUGUGACCGCUAUGGAUAUUCAGUCGGACCGUGUAACACUGGUCUGGAAACCAGGAUUUAACGGGGGUUACAGAGACACGCAGUUUGUUGUGAACUUCGUCGAUGCUAACAACGAGCAAAGGGAAAAGAAUGAAUCUUGUCAUCAAUCAAACCCCUGUACCGUCAGUGGCCUUGAGCCGCUCGCCCGAUACACGUUCAAGGUGCUGGCAUCGAAUCCUCGUGGAUUCUCGGAAUACUCAGAGCCGGCGCACGUCCUGACGAAGUUGGCCCUUAAGGAGAUGCCCCGCCCGGUCAUGGCACAGUACGAUAGCACCAAUGGGAUGGUAUAUAUUAGCAUGAAUGAUCUGCCGCAUCAAGCAUCGCUUGAACACUUCGCUAUUCGGCUUGAGGCUCGUAUUCGGGGAGAAGAGAACUGGCAAAUGCUUCGUGAGGGCAUACCUGUUGACUCUAGCCAAUCACAGGUCGAAGUAGAUGCGUCCGCCGAUCAGAUCGACCCGAAUCAGUUGUCCGAUGUGAGAGUGAUGGUAUGUUUGCAGAGCAACCUGACGUGGUGUGGAGACGCGCGUCUUGCUGAACCCUUCAACCAUGAAAACUGGAUUUCAACACAGGCAGCAAAUUCGUCCUUGUCGACAAUUUCUAUGAUUGUGACAAUCUGUGUCGGACUCGGCCUGUUCUGUGUUGUCCUUGUGCUUCUGUGCUGCUGCUGGAAGCGACACUCGAGCAGUCAACAAACUGAAAAGAAAGACUACAACGCCCAAUUAAACUCUACGAUAGCCAGUACCCAACCACCAUGUUAUUUUGACACAAUGACUAAGUCAGGUAUCGUCGAAACCGCAAUGGACGAACCGGUCAAGAGUAACGGAGCCGUUCCUGGAGCUGAACAGCCAGUCAAUGGUGGCUUUGCACAUGCUCACCCUCAGUACCUCGACCAUGACCCGAUGUAUGGAACUAUGAUGAAUACAAACGACUACUACAUUGGCAAGCAAGACGCUUAUUCUCCUUACGACCCGAACCCCGGAUACUUCGCCUACCCAGGUGAUCACGGAUUGGCUGAAAACGGCAUGCAUUAUGAUGUAUCGGGUCUGCCGAACCCUUACGGAACGACAGAUGACCUCGUCCACGGGCACUACUUAGGUCAUACACCAAACCCAAUGGGUGGACAGCACGCUGACCAGCAGGUUAACUGCAACGAGUCCGUUGAUUCAGUACAGACCAAUGGUCAGCGGAGGGUGGUUCGAGAAAUCAUUGUAUGAGCAGACGAUAGCAAGAA